AUGGGGAAGACGGAGGGGCCGCGCGCACAAUACGGCGUUCGUCUCUGCGCAGUAGAGCCACGAUGGCGACGGCGGACGAUCGCAGCCAACGAUGGCUUUCCGUUCUACCUGCCUCGGGACCCUCGCACCGCUAACUGGUACUUCCCGGGCAACAAGCAGCUGAUAACGCUACUGAUCGUCGCAUACGUCUACAUCGUUAAGAUAGGUGGCCCUCGGUUCAUGAAGAACCGCAAGCCGUACGAUGGCAUCAAGCCGUUGAUCACGUUCUACAACGCCGUCAUGGUGGUGUGCAGUGCUUACUACGUCCACGCUUUCUUCACGACCGCAUACAUCCGCAAAGGUUACAGCCCGAUCUGCCAGGGCAUCGACUUCGACGCCAGGGAUGAGGACACCAUGUAUCUGCUGGGCCUGUACUGGUCGUACACGAUGGUCAGGAUACUCGACUUUCUGGACACCUUCUUCUUCGUGCUCCGGAAGAAGGAUUCGCACGUGUCGUUCCUGCACGUUGUACAUCACGCCAUGGUUGCCUUCAACGGGUGGUUCGGACUCACCUAUGGUCCGGAUGGCCAGGCCACGGCUUUUCCGGUCAUCAACGGCUCUGUGCACGUGGUGAUGUUCACGUAUUACUUCCUCAGCUCUCUUGGGCCCGAGGUGCAGAAAUACUUGUGGUGGAAGCGCUACAUCACGCAGUUGCAGCUUAUUCAAUUCGUAGUGCUAUUUGUGCAUUCCCUGAUGCCAUUCUUUUUCAACUGCAACUACCCCAGGUCUCACUCAUACAUUACGAUGGUACAAGCUGUUUUCUUCUUUUGCCUCUUUAUGAACUUUUACGCCACAAACUACCAGAAGGAGAAGACGCGUGUACCGACGAAAUCAGCAGCUAACGGCAAGAUACAUUGAGGCAGCUUGGUUUUUUUUUUCUUAAGCCUGAUGUUCAUUGGGCUCCUUCCGGAGCUAUCAGUGUUUGUUUGUUAGUUCUUUUUUUUGCUGGUGAGAAACCGCUGUAUUGCUAACCUUGCUCUGCUCUUGAGACCCAAGUGCAGCUGCAAGACCGUCAAGCGGUUCGAGACACUAAUGACGAUUACUUUUAGUGCUAUAGAAAUUUUUUCUCUAGUCCUAGCCAACAACGAAUUCUUUCCCUGUUGUACGCGAACACAAAAUGCCAACCUAUAAACGUCGAGGGGGCGUUUGGUAUGUCCGAAAAAGUGUUUGUGGUAACCUGGGUCUCUAUGUACGAAGAGUGGUCAAACUAAUUUUUUUUUGUAAUCGGAGGCAUCUUCCUACCCUGUCACUCAACAUAACACUAGGCAUGCAGCCAAAGGCAAAUAGUGCUUACGAACAACGUUAAGCUGUUCAGCGUCAACCGUUCCAACUAAAGUUUUUCAUGAAUGAAAGUGAACUUUUGACAGAACUUCUGCUGAUCGGCACCUACCUCCUAGUCUUGUUGAAAUGAAUGUUGAAAUUAGCAAUAUAACAAUUGCGCCUGCAUUAACGCUAACAGUAGUACGCGAUAUUGAUUUGAUUGCAUAACAUGGUGAUCACGUUGCAUUGUCUUUGUGCUUAUAGAUGUUCUGUUCAACAUUGUUUUGUU